AUGACGCAAUGCAGCCAAAUCCGCAAGGAAGCUACAGAGCCGACCCCCCUUCUUCAACCGAGGAAAACUAAAUCCACAGCCCCAAAACUACUGUCGCAAAAGAAACCUAUCCUCAUAGGAACAUGGAACGUCAGAACGCUAUGGGAAGCAGGGAAGUGUGCACAGGCAGUGAAAGAAAUGCAACAGUAUCAUCUUACAGUGCUUGGCCUGUGCGAAACAAGAUGGAACACCUUUGGAGAGACAAAAUUCCAGACGGGAGAAACACUGUUAUACUCGGGAAAAGAAAAUGAGGACGACCCACGAGAGGCAGGCGUAGCCUUGCUAUUGACAAAGGAGGCAACAAAAAGCCUGAUGGAAUGGGAACCUGUAUCUGAUCGAAUAAUUAAAGCUAGAUUUGAAUCCAGGUUUCAAAAGACCUCCAUUAUCAUGUGCUACGCUCUUACGAACAACGCAGACGAGGAAGAAAAAGACCGUUUCUACGAAGAGCUUCAGUCGGUGGUCGAUAAGGUACCCAAGCGCGACAUGCUGAUCCUCAUGGGUGAUUUAAAUGCCAAAGUAGGCAAAGACAACAGAGGCAGGGAAAUGGAGAUGGGAACCAAUGGCCUAGGGGAAAUGAAUGAAAAUGGUGAACUCUUCGCAGACUUUUGUGCCUCAAAUGAGCUUACUAUCGGCGGUACACUUUUCACCCACCGAAGGUGUCAUAAAGCCACCUGGAUAUCACCAGAUCAUCAUACCGAAAACCAGAUUGAUCAUGUCGCGGUAAGGCGUCGUUGGAGGGCCUCACUGCAGGAUGUGAGAGCAAAGCGAGGAGCUGACAUAGGAUCCGACCACCACCUGGUUGUUGCUAAACUGAAGAUGAAGCUAAAGGCAAAGAAGAGGCAACAUGAAAUUGAUCCACGAAGAAGAUUUGAUGUAAGUAAACUUAAGACGCAAGACAACAGGACAAAUUUUCAGGUCACCCUAAAGAAUCGGUUUGAAGCUCUACAGACAGAAGAGAAAGAUCUUGAUUCAGUUGAACACACCUGGGAAGUAUUUAAGCAAGCCACUAUUGAAGCCUGCGAAGAGGCUCUAGGAGGCAGAGCGCCAAACAGGAAGCCCUGGAUCACAGAUGAUACAUGGCAGAAGGUGGAAGAAAGAAAAAGCCUAAAGAGCGAACUAAAUCAAGCAAAAACACGGCAGCAAAAACAAGCAGCAGCCGCUCGAUAUAACGAAAAGGCUAAAGAGGUUAAAAGGAAACUAAGAAAUGACAAGAGAUUGUUUAUAAAUGAAAUGGCAGAGCAGGCCGAAACAGCUGCCAGUAAGGGAGAUCUCAAGACGCUCUAUGCAACAACCAGAGCUCUGAGUGGGAGGAAAACCAAUACCAACGUCGGCUGGAACUACCAGAUUUUGGAAGUUUUUGAAGUCAGACCAACAGUUUUCUUAUGUUCAAAUGUUGUUUUAUCGAAAGACAUAUAG